AUGAGAUCACACAAAUUAAUCAAGAAUGUGGAUUUAUUAUUGGGCGAAAUGGAUAUUUACCAACAAAUACCAUUAUAUUCAUUAAAAUAUCUUGAAAAAAUAUUUGAUAGUUACCCUGAACGAAGUCUAAAUAAAACCACAAAAGUUACACUUAAAAACGGAUUAUUAAAAAUAUCAUCUCCAUUUAAUAUUGGGUUUGAUUCAUAUUUAUCUGAUUUUCUAGGUUUUGAAUAUUAA